CUUAUGUGGUUGGUUAUUUUUCUUGAUCUCGUCUUAUCUCGCGAUAUUUUGCGAGGUAAAAAUGGGAACCCGUUGAUGAAUGUGCUUGAUGAGCCACUCAUAAUUGGUUGCUUCCAUGGACGCUGUGAAUUGUGCCUGCACCUACGGUCUACAUCUAGAGACACUGCCAAGCUGAGAUAAUCGAGUAGGUACACUGAACGGCCACAAAAUCCUGUAGCUCGGGGCCACACCCACUCUAGCCAUCUCUCUUUCGGAAGCGUCGCCGCGUAGCGAAACGUAGGCCUUCGAUAAACGUAAUGGAAUCUUCGCGCGUUUUCCUCCUGAUCUGCCUAUGCGGAUUUUUACUCGUGGCCGGGAGGGCGCCACCUCUAGACCACGUGCACGGCGAGGUGAACAAGGAGCGGAUGCGGGACGGCGCGCCGACGCCACGCGACGCCCACCAUUACCACGACGACGUGCACAACGACGACUUUGACCACGAGGUGAUCCUCGGCAGUCAGGAGCAAGUGGAGCUGUUUGAAUCCCUAAGCAGGGAAGCUGCGCGCGAAAAACUGGCGGAGCUCGUCGACCGCAUGGACGCGGAUGCGGACGGUUUUGUCGACACGCCGGAGUUGACCGCCUGGAUCAAGAAGUCGUUUCUUUCGCUGAGUCUCGAGGAAUCGGACGAUCGAUUCGAGGAGGUGGACGAAGACGAGAACGGGGAGGUGACGUUGCGAGAGGUGAUGGAAGACUACGGCGUAUUCGACGACGAAGACGAGGUGGAGGUGUUGACGAACGAACCAGAGCUCGCGGCGGAGAUGAAGAAGGACGAGAGACUGUUCAGCGUGGCCGACGCGGAUGGCGACGGCGUUCUCAAAAAGGCGGAAUUUUUCGCGUUUUCUCAUCCGGAGGAGCACGAGCAAAUGUGGGACGUGCUGAUGACGGAGUCGCUCAACGAGAAGGACAAGGAUAGCGACGGGAAACUCGACCUCGAUGAGUUUCUCGGCGACGACAAGGACCAGCACGACAAAGAGUGGGCGACGAUAGAACGUAAGAGGUUCGCCGAGUACUUCGACCGAAACAGCGACGGUUAUCUGGACAAGGAGGAGAUGUUGCUGUGGUUGGUGCCGAACAAUGAGGAGAUGGCGAGAGAUGAGGCAGAACAUCUCAUCAGUUCCGCGGACGACGAUGGCGACGGUCGGCUUAGCAUAUCGGAGAUUCUUGACCACCAGGACAUGUUUGUGGGAAGCCGAAGCUCUAUUUCUGGACACCAUGAUGAGUUCUAGCUGCUAAUCUCUUCGAACGGUGGGUUGAUAUGCUGAUUUGUCUUGUGCUUGCCAAUGUCAAUAGCUAAGCUGGUAGAAUGUCAUUCAAUCAGAGCAUUCAUUUCAAAUGUUAAAUUGUAUUUCAAAAGUAGACCAUCAGUUAGAAUUUGCAAAGAACCAGAUAAAAUCGAAUGACAGGCAUUGUUGCUUUCUAAUUAGCGGGUCUAUUGUUUAAAACAAUUCAAUGUCAAAUAACAUUAGGAUAUUUUUAUUUGGUUAAAGUAUGGUCAAAUAAUUCAUCUGAAUUUCAUGUAUCCUACUCCUAGUUGUGACUAACCCUUUUCCACUUUUAUUCAUUGCCUGAGUGUUCACGUUUUAGGUUAUGAACUUAUGAUGAAUAAACAAAAUCAUUCAUAAACAGUGUGUAUCUGCAUAGUAUAGCUAUUUUUAUUGGCAGCUAGUGCAUCUGUAAAUAGCUAAAUCAAAACAGUGUUGUCGAGUUUUGUACAACUGUUUGCAUACUUUAUGAUAACAAAUAGACUCAUUUAUAUGUACGGUAUUAAUAUUGUUUAUUUUAUUAACUGUCACUAGGGAUAUGUGAUAGAGUAAAUUUGGCAAGUGGCUGUUCAUGCUAGGUACAUAUACAUCUAUAUAAACAAUGAAACAUUUGAAUUUCUGCUGUUGUGUGCAGGUUGAAAAAGUAUUUGAAAACCCCUAGUUGUUGGUAAACAUAAUUUCGACAUGUAAGAAGACUCAUUUAUAGGAAUAGAAGCCUGUGGUAGUGCAAUUUCACUGGUAUGUUUAAGUUACAUUUUGAUGUAAGCAAAGUUUUUUAUAAAACAGACGGACCUUGUUUACUAUUAAUAAAAAAAAUUAAAAUUAA